UCAGACGUCAGACGUUGUGCCUUAUCGCAGUCAUAUGGAGUCUUUUGAUCGACAUCGAUUCAUUCGUAAUUUUACAAAGUUUACAUCGGUGUGAAUAAGUUGCACAACACUGUACCAACAGCGUUGCAUCAUUAGAGAUGUCUGGACGUGUGUGCGCCAGCAUCCUCCAAAGAGCUUCAAGCUACUCAUUGACACUUUCCUCCACUGCCGCAGUCCAGUACACCCAGACACUCUGCACACACUCUUUUCAGCCUCGACCAGCCCACCGCUGUCACUUGUCAUCCUGGGGUAACUCCAGAUCAGAUCAGUUGUGCUUCACCAGCAAGGAGUCAGGAAAUUGGUCUCAAAGUGGGCAGUUGCACCUCUCAACUCGUCAGGACCUAGACUUCCAGCUCAGCCGGGUCCAAAUCAACAGUAUUCUGCGAUCUAAUGAGCAGACUGUGAGUGUGCCAGAGUUUGAUGGCAGGGGACUCAGUGCUGUCAGAAAGUUUGAGAGCAACCAGCUGGCUGCUAACACACCUAAUGAGGACCGUCGCAGUGCAGCCACCUGCUUACAGUCAAAGGGCAUGCUCUUUGGCGUGUUUGACGGCCACGGGGGCUGGGCAUGUGCCCAGGCUGUCAGUGAGCGUCUGCUGUACUACAUUGCAGUUGCAAUGAUGUCAAAGCAGAGCCUGGAGGAGCUUGAGAAAUGCAUGGAGCAUGGCAGACCUGUUCCUCCCAUCUUGCAGUGGCACAAGCACCAUGCAGACUUUAACUACCGUGAAUCUGCUUCCUUGUACAUCGACCACCUCAGAGUCUUCUGGCAAGAAUUACUGGACAGUGAAGAACACGGGGCAGGCAUGAUCCCUCUGGAUGCUCUGGACCGUGCUUUUAAACGGCUCGACACUGACAUCUCCCUAGAGGCUCAAGUCCCUCUUGCCAAUGACCUGAUGAAAAGCACAGCCAUCCAGGUCGCGUUUGCUGGUUGCACUGCCUGUGUUGCUCAUGUUGGCACAGAUGGGAUCCACGUGGCGAAUGCAGGGGACUGCCGAGCAGUAUUGGGAGUUCUGGAGGAGGACGGUUCAUGGAGCGCUUUGCCCCUUUCCCAGGACCACAACUCACAGAACCAGGCGGAGAUGGAGCGCAUCAAGGCCCAGCACCCGCCCUCAGAGAGAGACACAGUGGUCACAGAUGACAGACUGCUCGGGAUUCUGAUGCCCCUGCGUGCAUUUGGUGACGUAAGAUUCAAGUGGAGCCUUGAGUUGCAGCAGAGCAUUUUAGCGAGCCUGGAAUCUGGAGUGGACCUGGACUCCCUUAACCUGUACCAGUACACUCCGCCUAACUACCUGAGUCCGCCUUAUCUGGAUGUGGCACCCGACAUAACUUAUCACAAGCUGAGACCUCAGGACCGCUUCCUGAUCCUCGGCACUGACGGGCUGUGGGAUGAACUAGGGAACGAGGAGGCCGUACGCCUUAUAGGAGAGCACCUGAGUGGGAUUCACUUACAGGCUCCGGUUUCUCCAUCAGAGAGGCAGAUGAAAUUAGGUCAGAUGCAUGAACUCUUGCUGAAACGCCGAGCCCGUGCCUCCCCCGCUUUAGACACCAAUGCUGCCACACACCUCAUCAGACAUGCUCUUGGCACAGGGGAAUAUGGAGAACUGUGCCAGGAGAGACUGGCCUCUAUGCUCGCUUUGCCAGAGGACCUGGCUAGAAUGUACAGGGACGAUAUCACAGCUACUGUGGUGUACCUAAACUCUGAUCUGGUCAGACCUCAACACAGCUAACAGAAGGUUUUCUACGUUGGCUUAAGGAGAUUUUAAAAAAUGUCGUUCAGCUCCGUUUAUAUAAUAGUCAACAUUUCCUCCAGGCUGAUAUUUUCUGGAUAUUUUGGGAUGAUCAUUUCAACCUGUUACAUACAUUGUUUUUGUUUUGUUUUUUUAAAUAAAAGGGACAUUUUCAGUAUUUUUUUGUGCAAGUACACAAGUACAAGUCAGGAACCGCUGUUUCAUAUACUUAACAUGGGUUACAUAAUCAUAACUGCUGCAUUUAUCAGGUCCAAAUAUUCAGUGUAUUCAUGAAGGACAUUUUAUAGACAUCACCUGAGCUGCAUGUCAAAUGUUGGCAGUUGUUACAAUGUGACACAAUAAUGCAGACACUCACUUUGUCCCCUGUCUUGACUUUUGUUUCUACUCUCCUUGCACCUUUUGCUUUAGACAAUCCAACUGUGACGUGGUUACUUUGCUGCUUACAUUAGUGUAACCUGAAGUGUCAUUUUAAUUUGUGUAAAUGUUCUGUCUUCUGUUUGGUUGUAUUUAAGUUGACGCUGCACUCAAAGGUGCAGAUGCUUCAUAUUAAACAGCCGAGACAUGA